AAAAAAAAAAAAAAAAAAAAAAAGUGAAAAUUUUCCACCAUGAAAAAAGACGGAAAAAAAACAUUAUCACCCAUUUAUCCCGUUCCCUAUUUUUUAACCUCUUUCUUCUUCUGUUAAUUUUUUAGUUUAUAUAUUUCUUUUUUGUUUGGGUGUUUUUGUCCUAGUUUCUAGUUUCUAGCCUACAAGUUUCUUGUCUUUCUCUUUUUUACUUUCUUUUUUCUUACUUUUAGUCAUGAGCUCCAAGGUUUUUGUCGGUUCCCUGCCCUUCUCUGUCUCCCAGGAAGAGCUUACUGAGAUUUUCUCCAAGUUCGGUGCUGUCCUGCAGACCGUUAUCGUCAACGACCGCGAGACAGGUCGCUCCCGUGGUUUCGGCUUUGUUACCUUUGGCACUCCCGAGGAGGCCCAGGCCGCCAUUGAGGGUGGUACCGACAUGGACGUCCAAGGUCGCAAGAUUGUCGUCAACGCCGCCAACGAGCGUGACCCCUCCGCUCCCCGUCCUCAGUUCCAGAGCCGCGGUAGCUACAACAACAACGGUCAGCAGCGCACCUACGGCGACCGUCCUCCUCGUCGCAACUACGAGGAUGGCCAGCAGCAGCAGGAGGGCGGCAGCUACCAGCAGCGUAGCAACUAUGGCGGUGGCUACCAGCAGCGCACUAACUACCAGCAGCAGGAGGGUGGCAGCUACCCCCAGCGCAGCAACUAUGGUGGUGGUUACCAGCAGCGCACAAACCAGGGUGGUUACCAGCAGCGUAGCAGCCAGGGCGGUUACCAGCAGCGCAGCAACUACCAGCAGCAGGACGGUGACUCCUACCAGCAGCAGGAGGGUGCCUACCAGCAGCAGGAGGCCGGUGACCAGAUGUAGAUAGUUUUUUUCUUUCACCCACACCUUCUUUUCCCCCCUCACCAUUCACCGUAUAACCUUGCCUUGCUCUCUUGUGCUCGCUUGCUCCGCCCCCUUGGCUUUGUUUUUACCAGCUUAUAAAACGCCUCUCUUUUACUCAUUUUUCUUGCAUUUUUCUUGUACUGGAUUAGUAAUUGUAUAGCUUUUACAACAUCAACAUUAUCAAUCAAACGAUCAGCAACUGAAUGCUUUUUUCAUAUUGACAAUAUUCGCACAUG